AUGGGCUUCAAAACUUCUUUGCUGCCCGAGGAGGUUGGGAAGAACUCCUUCAGCGAGAACUGCAGAGCCGAAGUGAAUGCUAUUGACACAUUCUUCCCUGGAGCAUUGCCAGAGAAAGUCCGUAUUUGCUUCGCGGCCUGGCUCGCCUUUGCAUGCGCCAUGGAUGACAUACUCGAGAUGCUGCCUUCUGAUUUAGGCCAAGCGGUCUUAUGCGACUGCAUCGAAAUAAUCCAAGGCCGCCCUGCAGACGUUUCGAAUGGUACCCAAGGACAUGCCGGCGAUGCAAGGAUCCAACACCUAACGAGGACGUUGCAUCAACAUGUCACACAUCAUCUUCGCCAAGACACAUGUGAUGUGUUCUUCCGCGAGGUAUGCGGCGUCUUGUAUGCGCAUAUUGAUGAGUUCUUGUUCUUGGACGGUAGGAUUCCUCAAGACUUGGAUACGUAUAUGUCGAUCCGCAGUCGUACCAUCUCUCUCAAUCCCUUCUUCGAAGUGAUCAAGCGCGAGUAUUUCCCUGCAACUUGGCGGUCUAAUACGGCCUGGGACCGGCUACAAGAAGCUGUCUCCUCCGCAGCUGGACUACAAAAUGAUUUAGUAGGCUUGGAGCGAGAUAUGAAGAAAGACGAGCAGAUGAAUGCCGUUAUUGUUUUGAUGCGUAGUCAAGCUGGGGCUCGCUCAGCCGAUGAGACUCAUUCGCUCUUAGCUCAGUGCGUAGAUACUGCGGUAGACGUGCAUAAUAAGAGGAUGGAGACAGUAUUCAAACAAGCAGCACGAAUACUUGAAAUGGCCGGGGGAGAUCAGUUAGCGGCAGCGACGAGUCAGGUUGUGCAGCACAUUGUUACAAUGGCCCGGGGCCACCUGACAUGGUGUGCUUCAGCGAAGAGGUACAUGAUCAGAUUGGAUCACGAUGAAUAG